CGCUGUGGGUGCGGCCUCCCGUCACUUUGAUCACGUGAAGUUUUUGAACCAAUAGCAGAUAGGAUAGCGACGUCACUAGAACCAAUCAGAAAAUACAGUGGCUACGGUAGAUGGCAGUAAUGCACAUAUGAGUUGGUUUGUCAAGCCCCAACCUAACCAAAAGGAAGAAGGGGAAGAAGACCCGGGAAAUAACAAACAAAAAGAUGAAAACAAAGCAGGCAGAGAAAAGACAAUUUACACUAAAAACUAACUUUUGAUAUAAGUAUUUAUUGUAUGCAAAUACGCACAUUAAGGUGUUCAGUGAUGAUUUAUCUUAAUGCCCAGAAAAGUUACAAAGACAGCAAAGCCUUCGCUACAAUUCUUGGAGCGGCCUUUGUGUGGAGCCAAACUCCAAAAUGUGCCCGAAAUCCGAGCAGCACUCAAUGCCAGAGAUUUCUUCACAGAGGCAGAAGCACAGAGCAGCUCAGCUCUUAAUUCCUGGGUUAGGCCACAAUUUGACAUUUCAGUUGCAACUGCACCUCCAGUGAGACGAGGGAGGAGAAAGUGUCAGUCUGCCACAAGCAUCUUGGAUAGCUGCAGUCAGCUGUCCAGGAAAAAUAGUGUCUGCAAAUUCCCUCAAUUACUGUUUAAAACAGGGUCAAAAGACCAAACUCAGCAACCAAAGGGGAUCUCCAAGAAGAAAGCUAUAGAGAGUACUCAUGUGGGAAGGAAACCUGCCGAAAAGAGAAGGACAGUUUCAGCUGCACAGUGCUCUAACCUACCAAAGGGACAGUUUGCCUCAGUAAGAAAAAAGAGCGCUGAAACAUUCUCAGACGACACUUCAUCCCACCAAAGAUGUUUGGCUGAACCUGACAGACCAUCUGUGCAAGUGUCAGAGAGAUGCAGAAUUCCAGCAGUCUGUGCUUCAACACUUCCCUGUGAAGAGUUUAGCACCACUGAAGUCAGCAGUGUCUGUCCACCUCCUGAUGUGGACACUCCGAAAGCAAUGGAGGAAAGGAACAUUUCUCCGUCUACCCCCUGUGGACAUUUGCUGCUGGCUCAGCCGUGUACGCCUCCAUGUAAUGAGUCACCUGACAUUUUGGUGGCUGACACGCCAGAGAGGGACUAUGGAAUGAAGGUGACAUGGAGAAGAAGAAAGAACUUGAUGGUGUUGUUAAAACAGAGGGGCCAUCUCUCUGAGGCAGAUGCUUUAAUUCAAAGUUGAUGUAGAGAUUGUAAGAUUUGUCUGUAUUCUCAUAAUAGCUGCAGAUUAAUUUCCUGUUUAUUGGUUAAUUGACUAAUUGUUGCAGUUCUAAACAUCAUAAUGCCACGUCUGACAAAGUCUGUUAUGAACCCCCUCUGAACAACAUUUUUAUGCAUGAGUUUAAAAUAUAACUUUAGUAAAUUAGUUUAAUGGGUGUGAUAUUAAAAUCUGUCUUGUGACAGACAGAUUCUAAUGAUACUGUACUGUUUUUAUAAAUUAUGUUAUAUACAGUAGAUUUAAUCCUCACUUGUGGCAACAUAUCUGGAUUGUUAUUCAUAUGCUAAUGGUUUGAUAGCAGACACAUGGAAGAAUGUUUAGUCUAUAUUAACUUUAACUGAAAUAUCCAAAAAUUAAGAGGCACAAAAUAAAUACUCAAGUUAACUGUGUGAUCUAACGACUGGUCUUCUGAAG